AGGUGAGUUACUGGAAAGCUUCAGCGAAAUUCAUCAUGAUUUUGACCAAAACAGUUGCCUUAACUCUGAUUAUUGCUCUUGCGGUAUUCGUCGACGCGCAACGAAGACCCCGAAGAGGCAGAGGAAACAAUCCGGAGGCACAAGCGCUCAAGAAGGAAAUCAGGAAAAAUAUUUUAGCCAAAAUUGCCAUCCAAUAUGGCGUUUCGACGCCGGCAACGAACGACACCAACCCGACCCAAACGCUGGUCCAGGCGAUUCGACUGAAGAAGCUGCAGGAAAUUGUUAACAGUACUGCGGCUGAGGUAGCCAAUGCAGCUGCCAGCACUUCUACUUCUGAAUCUGCGAUUAAUUUUACCGGUGGCAGUUCAAACAGCACAAGUUCUUCUCCCACUAAUUCUACUGGGGCCAGCUCAAACUCCACCGGAUCUAAAAACUAACAUCAAUGCAAGUUUUAUGAGCAAUUGUUGCUUUUUUUUCAAUUUAUAA